CUACACUCCGUCACGUGACGGGGUCAGGAAGAAGUGGCGUCACGGGGUCAGGAGGAAGUGGCGUCACGGGGUCACGGAUAACGCCUGGAGAAACAUCGCUGCCUCUUGGCCUGGGCAGAGGGAGACGCCGGGAGAAGGGCCGCGUGAGGUUGGACCCCGCUUCUUUUUGCCGUGCUCGGUCCUCCCACCACCGCCGCCGUCACCAUGGCCGAGUCUCAGCAGGUGAGCUCGCUGCCUCUGCCGCCGAUGCACUACGCCAAGGAGUACACGGACGAGGCGGUGCGGCGCGGCGUUGCCCCACGGCCCCCUCCGCCCCUACGCGACCACUACCUCAUGUUCGGAAACCCCUUCCACUGCGACGACGUAAUCAUCCGCCCGCUGGAGAGCCAGGGCAUCGCCCGCCUCUACCCACCAGACGUGGACCACAAGCGCGAGCUCAAGAAACUUAACGUGUCCAUCCUCGUCAACUUCCUGGACCUCCUGGACGUGCUGGUGCGCGGGCCAAGCAGCGUGCGGCGCGACGAGAAACUGGAGGACCUGAAGCUGCUCUUCGUGCACAUGCACCACCUCAUCAACGAGUUCCGGCCGCAUCAGGCGCGCGAGACGCUGCGGGUCCUGCUUGAGGUGCAGCGCCGCACGCGGCUCGACACAGCGCAACGAUUCUCACGCCAGCUUGACGCCGUGCACGACCUGCUCUCCGGUUGCCUAGCAGCGUUGGGCGGUGGUGGAGAGGGGACCGGCAGCGCUGGGGAGAUGGCAGCAACGGCGGGGACAGGGGGAGGAGAGGCUACGUGUACGACGAGCGUGAAGGUGGAGCCGAGCGAGGAACCAAUGGAGGUGACGCCCUGCUCACCGAGCCACCCCGGGCCAGGCCAGCUGGGCCAGACAGGGCCCACGCCGAAUGCAGGCAAAGAGGCAAAUGGUGCCAUGAGCGACAAGGAUGCGCUAAUGUGUCGCUUAGUGGAUGAGCUCACUUGAGCAGGAGACCGUGGUUGCGUCUCACGGUGUUUUUGUUCACGGUGUGAA